UCCCCUGAGGCUUGUGUGGGGUUCUUUGUUCUUUUCCCCCUUCACUCAAAAGGUUCCCUUUAUGGCCCUUCUCCUCUGGGCUUUCCCCUUUUGAUGCUCCGAUCGGAGGGAUCCAAAGAGGAGUCCUUGGCUGCAGUCAUGGUGAGGCGCCAUGGAUGGCAGCUCCCUACUCACAACUUUCAGGUAGUGUUCUUUUUGUGGGUUUUUUUUUGGGAGAUUUCUUGUGGAUUGGGUCUCCUCUAACCCUCGGCGGCUUCAAAUUGCUUGGGAAGAAAUGGCUUUGGAAAAAGUUCGAAACUUUCGUAUCUUUCAUGGUUAUUGCUCUCACGGUGUUCUUUCUUCUGGUUGUUGCAUUCUAUGCUUUCUUUGCACCCUUUCUUGGUAAACAGAUAUUUGAAUAUGCUUCAAUUGCUGUUUACACUCCUGUGGCACUUGCAGUUUUUAUCCUUUAUGUCCGUUGUACACGCAUAAACCCUGCUGAUCCUGGAAUUAUGUCAAAGUUUGAUGAUGAGGUGAUCAAUUUACCUAAGAAUAAUCCUGGGGUGCAAGGCACAAAUUUACGUGACAAUCUUCACAAUAAUGCAACUGGAGCACAUUCUUCUCCAUCAUCAGCUUGUAGAAGCUCUCUAGAUGGUAAUCCUAACAAAAAAGCUUCACCUGGAGGAGAUGCAAGGAUAGAUACCCCGGUGCACCCACCAAGAAGAAUUAAGUCACCUUGCUGCAGAUUUGGAGGGUUCAUCUGUGCAUUAUUUGUAAAAGAUGACUGCCGCAAACCAGAAACUACUGAAGAACAAGCUGGUGAGGAAGAUGCUUUGUUCUGUACAUUGUGCAAUGCUAAGGUCCGCAAGUUCAGUAAACAUUGCAGAAGUUGUGAUAAAUGUGUUGAUGGGUUUGACCAUCACUGUCGGUGGCUGAAUAAUUGCGUGGGGAGGAAAAAUUAUAUAACAUUUAUUUCUCUUAUGGCCACUAGUCUCAUUUGGCUUGCAAUUGAAUGUGGUGUAGGCGUUGCUGUUCUUGUUCUCUGCUUUGUCAAUCAGAAGGGUACAGAGAUCAGCAUUAAGGAGAAAUUAGGAAAUGGCUUUUCUCGUGCUCCAUUUGCAACUGUUGUGGCCACAUGUACUGCAGUAUCAUUAUUGGCUUGUGUGCCUUUGGGUGAACUCUUCUUUUUCCACAUGAUAUUGAUGAAAAAGGGAAUUACGACGUAUGAGUAUGUUGUUGCUAUGAGAGCUAUGAGUGAAGCACCUCCAGCAUCUGCAGAUGAGGAAGGACAAAAUGCUCUUUAUUCACCAAGUAAUUCUGCCACAACUGGUUUAAGUGGUGGAAGUUCUGUGGGCAUGGGCCUUCAAUAUAAAGGUGUAUGGUGCACUCCUCCAAGGGUAUUUGUUGACCAGCAGGAUGAAGUCAUCCCACAUUUGGAGCCAGGUAUGGUACCUUCAACUGUUGAUCCAGAUGCGGCCGGGUAUUUUGAAAGAGCAAACAAGUCCAGAAAGGCUGUUAAGAUCAGUGCCUGGAAGCUUGCCAAAUUGGACUCCGAUGAGGCAAUAAAGGCUGCAGCCAAAGCCAGGGCAUCCUCUUCAGUUCUUCGGCCCAUUGAUGCUCAUCAUGUCUCUGAUGUGGACUUCAGCUCCAGUGGCAAUGCAAGCGUCAGAAGUAGUACGAGCAUGGAUUUGCCUGCAACUAAAGAAUCAAGGAAUAAGCUGAAGUUUUCUCCUCUGCGGGACUCCUAUCCAGAGAGUCUUGCAAGCAAGGAAGAUUAUGAGACUGGUACACAAACUGCAAGCAGCUUAAGCAGUCCAGUUCACAUCCAUGAUCCUGUUGCUCUUGGUUCACGGCCUUUGCAGCAUUCACUUCCUGAACAUCCUCCACACAUUCUUCCAAAAGGGCCUUUUCCAACUACCCAGCUGACUAACCCAAUGUUCCAAUCUGCUACUUCAGUUGUUAGGGAGACCAAAAAGGCCUCAGUCAUAUGGGAUCAAGAAGCUGGCCGGUAUGUGUCAGUACCUGUGACUGCUAGAAGUGAAACUACUAUGGAGGUUCCAGUGAGAACCUCUUGGGUUUCAAUGGUAAGUCCUCCUGCAGAAUCUAGUGCUUAUGGACGAAGACCAACCCUUUCGAGUGCCUCUGAUUCAGUUGUAUCUCCUUUGCCACGACUAGAGAGAUUAAUGUACACGGGGCAGUCGAUAUUCUUUGGUGGGCCCCUUCUAAAUGCUCCAGUUAGAGAUAUGCGGGGCAAUGAGAAUGCUGCUGGAUUGAGACCAAAUGCUGAGAAGGAAUCUCAUGGGCAUCGUGAGGUACGUGGAGAGAGAGGUCAAGCAGCAAACUCAUUCCCUGUGUUUGUUCCUGGAAAAUUUCAGAACCCUCCAUCUAAACCCAAGUGAUAUCUUGCAUGAUAUUUCUUCUGUUUUCACCAUCUUUGAACUGUUUAAGUAGUGGCAUGAAUCUGCUCUUGUGAGAUUUAUGAUAAGAAGGUGCUUCAACAGCAAAUUCUUGAGGCAGUUGUGGAUGACAAUUAAAUAAUGACUGCUGUUUAAGUUAAUGCUGCAAACUGUUGUAAGGUUAUAAACCUGCAAGCCAAGCAGAUGCUCCAGUUGAGAAAACCUGACCAUAAGAGUGAUCAUCCUAUUCAAAGCACCCAGAUCUUCCGUGGUGGUGUUUCCUUCUUUGCUGAUCAAUUGUUCCUGCCUGCAAAACACCUGGCCUCCAGCGAAGGAUUAUCAUCAGAUGUAUGUCUUUUUACAUAUUCAUUUGAGGAUCAUGUUGGGUACUGAUGCAUUGAUAGAUAAUCCUUUUUGUUUUCAUUAGAUUUGCAGUUUUAAGGAUCUCAGCUGUUGUCUUUUCCAACUUCAUAAUUUGUAUCAGAAUUUUGUAAGUUUUCUUGAAUGCUAUGGUAGAAAAUUAUUGUUGGAAUUUGCUGAA